AUGAUCCGGCGACUGAGCCGCCGCCUACUGCCGGCCUUCUCCCACCACACACUCCCGCCCCGCCGCGACCUCGCGGCCAACGCGGCGCUGCAGUGGCUCGAGGACGAGCUCACCUCGCUCGCCCUCCCGGGGCCCGGGCCCGGGGUCGACUCGCACGCGUGCGCCAGGCUCCUUCAGGCCUGCAUCGCGCGCGGCGACGCCCGCGGCGGCCGCGCCGUGCACGGGCACGUCGUGCGGAGCGGCGGCCUGGCGCGGCUCGACCUCUUCUGCGCCAACGUCCUACUCAACAUGUACGCCAAGGUCGGCCCCUUCGCCAGCGCGCACAGGGUGUUCGACGCAUUGCCGGAGCGGAACAUGGUGUCUUUCGUCACGCUGGUCCAGGGCUACGCGCUGCGUGGGGAGUUCGAGGCGGCGGUGGCGCUGUUCCGGAGGCUCCGGCUGGAGGGGCACGAGGUGAACCAGUUCGUGCUCACCACGGUGCUCAAGCUGGUUGUCGCCAUGGACGCCCUGGGGCUCGCCUGGGGGGUGCACGCGUGUGCGUGCAAGCUGGGCCACGACCGGAACGCCUUUGUCGGGUCGGCGCUGAUCGAUGCCUACUCCAUGUGUGGGGUUGUCGGUGAUGCAAGGCGCCUGUUUGAUGGGAUCGUCGGUAAGGAUGCUGUUGCCUGGACCGCUAUGGUCUCUUGCUAUACCGAGAAUAACUGCCCAGAGAACACGCUCCAGGUUUUCCGGGAGAUGAGGAUGGCUGUUCCUAAGCUGAAUCCUUUUGCGCUGACCAGUGUGCUCAAGGCUGCGGUUUGCUUGUCAUCAGUUGCGUUAGGCAAGGGUAUCCACGCCUGUUCAGUAAAAACACUUUAUGACACCGAUCCUCGCGUUUCUGGUGGGUUGCUUGAUAUGUAUGCCAAAUGUGGGAACAUUGAGGAUGCCCGCUUAGCUUUCGAGAUGGUUCCCUAUGAUGACGUGAUACUUUGGAGUUUCAUGAUAUCCCUGUACGCGCAGAGCAAUCAGAACGAGCAGGCCUUCGAGCUGUUCAUCAGAAUGAUGAGGUCUUCUGUGGUGCCCAACGAAUAUAGUCUAUCUAGUGUUCUGCAAGCUUGUGCUAAUAUGCCUCUCUUGGAUCUAGGAAAGCAAAUUCAUAACAAUGCUAUAAAGAUUGGUCACGAGUCCGAGUUAUUCGUUGGAAAUGCACUGAUGGAUCUCUAUGCCAAGUGCAGCGAUAUGGAGAGCUCACUCAAGAUCUUCUCGUCAUUGCGAGAUGCCAACGAGGUGAGCUGGAACACAAUCAUUGUUGGUUACAGCCAGUCUGGCUUUGGAGAAGAUGCUUUGUGUGUAUUUCGUGAGAUGCGUGCUGAUUGGGUUCCUUCGACUCAAGUUACAUACUCAAGCGUGCUCCGGGCUUGUGCGAGCACAGCAUCCAUCAAUCAUGUUGGUCAGGUUCACUGUUUGAUCGAGAAAUCUACAUUCAACAGUGACACCGUUGUAAGCAAUUCACUUAUUGACUCAUAUGCAAAGUGUGGAUACAUCAGGGAUGCUCGGAGGAUAUUUGAAAAUCUGAAAGAACCCGAUUUAAUUUCAUGGAAUGCCAUAAUCUCAGGAUAUGCUGUACAUGGAUAUGCUGCAGAUGCCCGAGAACUUUUUGACAGGAUGAAUCAGAGCAGUAUUAGAGCUAAUGAUAUCACGUUUGUUGCUCUCCUGUCUGUCUACGGCAGCACAGGUUUAGUGAGUCAAGGACUCUCCCUGUUUGAUUCUAUGAAGCUUGAUCAUGGCAUCAAACCGUCCAUGGAGCAUUACACUUGCAUUGUUAGGCUUCUAGGACGUGCUGGCCGUCUGCAUGAUGCUCUAAACUUUAUUACAGAUAUCCCUUCAGCACCAUCUGCUAUGGUUUGGCGUGCAUUACUUAGCUCCUGUAUAGUUCAUAAAAAUGUGGAUUUGGGGAGAUUUUCUGCAGAGAAGGUACUUGAGAUUGAACCACAUGACGAGACGACUUAUGUCUUGCUAUCAAAUAUGUAUUCUGCUGCUGGAAGUUUGGAUGAAGUUGCUCUUUUGAGGAAAUCAAUGAGGAAUAUAGGUGUAAGGAAGGAGACUGGUCUUAGCUGGGUUGAGAUCAAGGGUGAAGUUCAUGCCUUUUCAGUGGGGUCAGAAGAGCAUCCAGAUAUGCGAGUGAUACAUGCUAUGCUAGAAUGGCUUAACCUGAAAGCCACUAGGGAUCGAUAUGUUCCUGAUACUGAUGUAGUGUUGCAUAACGUAGAUGAGGAACAAAAGGCUCGCAUGCUGUGGGUACAUAGUGAGAGGUUGGCUUUAGCAUAUGGGCUUGUGAUGUCACCUCCUGGACAUCCAAUUCGUAUAAUGAAGAAUUUGCGCUCGUGCUUGGAUUGCCAUGCCAUAUUUAAGGUGAUAUCCAAAAUAGCCAAACGAGAAAUCAUUGUGAGGGACAUCAACCGCUUUCAUCAUUUUGAGGAGGGAACAUGCUCAUGUGGUGACUAUUGGUGAUGUUCCGUACUUUCAUUGUUCAUUCAUGUGUUAAAGGAAGUUGUUCAUGGAUUCACACCAUAUUCUGUAUACCGGAUUGCUGGAUGGAAUGAUUAUGUUGACGAUUGUUGGACCUACAAGUUCACCCCUUGUCCUUCCAAAUCAUGUA